AUGGCAAACACAUCAGAACCCAUCUCUUCGCCAGAAGUCGAGGGCGAACAGCUAAUUCGUCGAUCUUCCAGGCGGAAAACUCUCGACCCAGAUCGUACCACACAGAUCGGCGAGUCGAGUAGAUCGGCUUCCGAAGUCCCACCACGCCUUGUUCGCUGUUCUGCAGGAACUUCAUCUUCACAAGUAUUACCGCCGCCAUCAGUUCGUCCUGAAGAGGAAAGCACCGAACUGACUCAAGACGUACUGUCACAAGAGGAAGAUCGGUUUGUUCCCUUAGGACUCUUGAUCGAAGAUAUCGAUCCCUUAUUUGACCAUAAAGGGCAGAUUGGUGGCGAAAAGAGUUUGAGUUCGUCCAAAACCGUGAACGACAUGCUUAACUCAUGCGGUUUAUUCAACAGCGAAGUCACAAUUCUGAUUCCUCGAGAGGACCAACGCCCUUGGAACCCUCCGGAAGGGUACAUAUGUCUAUACGAAUGUUACUUUACCGAAUGUCGCCUCCUAUUCCCAAUCCCUGCGUUGAUAUCGCUCUACGCCCAAAGACGCAGGAUAGCGAUCUGCCAAUUCGUCCCCGGAGCUAUUUGCAAUUUUAUGGCUGCCCUCACUAUAGCAGCCGAAGUCGGGGUUAAUAUUGGAGUUCAAUGUUUCGAACAGCUAUCCAAUUUUAAAUUAUCAAAGAGUUUACACCGCUGGGAAGUGAAUAUGAGGCCGGCGCACAAUUUCCUCAUCGGCAAAAGAGUGAGCAAAUUCCAGAAGUGGAUGAACCGCUACUUCUAUGUCCGCGUCGAUCAGUACUCACUCGCUAACCCAUUGGGUGUCCAUCGGAGAGUGUGGAAUGAAAAUCCUGAUCGUCCGUUCUGCGCGACGCGGCUGGCUCCAAACUACCAUCCUGUCAGAGACGCUCUAUUAACCGGAAACAAUCGUCAGUGGGAGUUCAUCACCCGUAUCCGUGUUGAAACAGCGAUGGGCAAACCCAGGACGACGUUCCCAAGUUUUGCUAGGUCGCUAGGACGAACUGCGGAACCUACCGGGGCACGUGUCCUUGAAUCAGACAAUCUCCAGAUAGUUCGCCGUGACACUCAGGCUGCCAUUGAAGCUGAUAUCGACCCUCGAUGUCGCAAAGAAGAUAUUCUCCCUUUGGCCCUAGAGAAUGCCAAUCUUUCGACCGAGGAACAGGAUGUCCCGCAACUUGAAGCUGGAUCCAAAAGAAGGAAGAAGAAAAAGAGGCAAACCGGAAAAAACCCAGUCGCUGAGCCACAGCCGGUAGUGAACCGUAAACGCUCGGCGGAAGAAGCUGGACUGGAAUCUGCCGAUAAAACAGAUCGCUUCUCCUAUCAUUACUUCGGCGACUAUCCUCUGGUGACCAAUCGUGAAGCCUCGGGCGAGCUCUUCCGAACUCUGAAGACCUCUAGUCGAAUCCUUCCGUCGGCGGACGAUCUUGAGUUUAAACAGGCGUUCCUUGAUGUCGCCGAGUGCCACCUAAUGAUUGCCAGCGACGCCAAAGAUGCGAGGAUCAAAGAGCUCGAGGCGCUUGUUGCCGAAAAAGACGGUAUCAUUGCCAGCUCCGAGCUGAAGAUUAAUGAACUGAACUCCCGAGCGCUUACUCUCGAAGAAGAGAAGAACGAACUGCAGGAAUCAUGCGACGGGUUAAAGGUUCAGCUCAACUUUGAAGUCAAGAGACUCCGGCGGGAUCGUUGGGAGAAGGUGGAGCGAACAAAAAUGAAAGCGCAGACUCGACUGGAUAAGGUUAAGGCCUAUCUACUCGAACAGGAGAAAAUUCGUCCCCUGGAGGAUCUGCUAAACCAAGCUUCCGGGAUACAGGAAACGGUAUAA